ACACGAACGAUGCAUAGAACUUUUCUUUGGGAUAUAUAAUCUUAUAAGAAUACUCAAAAGGAAUAUACUAGCUGCUCGAAUUCUUGUCCGUCCAUAGGACUUGGAAAAAAUCCUUCAGGUACCAUCGGAUAUCCUUCCUAAGCACUGGUCUUGCGUCAGAUUAGAUAAUAUAUAACAAAUUUGCAAAAGGCAAAAAUAUAAAAAUUAACAUAGAAAAUAAAAAGAAACAAGGAAUAUUCUCAGAUAAAUGCUCCACCACAACAACUCACUCAAACGCUCACUUUAUAUUCGAGUCUCUCACCUUUUCACUUCUUACUUGUCACUAAAACACACUCAUCUAUGGCGAUCUUCUCUAAAACCAAACGUGUCACCGAACCACUGGACGAUGAGGCCAAGGCUCGAAUCUUCAGCAACCACAGCAGCACACUACACCAAGACGACUCUCCUGAACUCGAGUUUCUCGACGAUGGUCCCGAAGACGAAGUACAAACAUUCUACGACUCUGACUCCGAUCUGUCUGAGAAUUCUCCAAGGGAACGUUCCGGUGAAGCUAGUGAGAAGAUCUUGAAGAUGGCCUUAAACUUCUCCGACUAUGAUCCUUAUCGGAACACAUUGCUAGCUCACGUUUCGAAAGCAGCGGAAGCAUACUCCGGUUUCAGAUCCCAGCGGAAGCACCUUUUCAAAGACAAGGUUGCAUCGUUUCUACGAGAGCUCGGACACGACGCCGCCGUUUGCGUCACCAAAUGGAACUCAUCACCUAAACUCACCGCCGGGAGCUACGACUUCAUCGACGUCGUUUACAACCACCCCGCUGGUGGUGAUGAUCAUCAUCGUACAGCAUCCGUUCGCUACUUCGUCGAUCUAGACUUCGCUUCCGAGUUCGAGAUCGCGAGGCCGACGAGCCAAUACGCGCUCGGCGUGUUACAGCUGCUGCCUCGUGUUUUCGUAGGAAAGGAAGAGAAUCUUAGGACGGUUGUGAGAGAGUCUUGCGACGCGGCGAAGAGGUCGUUGAAGAGCCGCGGAUUGUCUCUCCCUCCGUGGCGGAGAUUCUCUUACUUGCAACGCAAGUGGUUCGGUCCGUGCACGAGAAGGGUGGUCGGAUCUAGUUUCGAAGUGGCGCCGUUGAAUAAAGACGCCGUUAGCUGUCGUUCCGUGGGGUUUGAUGACGCCGUCACUGCACGUUUGUUCAUCAGGACGUGAUGAUCCGCGCAUCCAUGCAGCGUGUAGUAGUAGUAUUAAAUGAAUAGUUAAGUAGGUAUUUCUACACUUUUUUCCCAUCGAUUUUAAGGAGACUAAAAUAUUUAUUAGAAUCUUAAAAUUAAGGCCAUGAUGUCAAGGUUAAUGUUGUACCACUGGGUUAAGUGGCAUUAAUAAUCAUAUGCUUUUCUCGACCAGAAAAAAAUAA